AUGGGUUCAGCUUCAAUCGGAAGCAGACGCGGGGAUGACUCCGACAGAAUGUCGGUGUCAUCCGAGGGAAAGCCGGGCGUCAUUCCUGGAAACCUCCUGGACGGCGUCCAGAUAGUCACCAAGGGCGGCAACCUCGUCACCAAGGAUGGCGUCUCGACGCAAGAAUCAGACACCAGUCCGUCGACCAACGUGUUUGCCGACCCGGAGAUUAGGGACCUCUAUGUCAAGAUGUACGAAAAGGCAAGAUACGAGUGUCGCCAUGUAUUUGACGCAGACCUCACAUGGACCGCCGAGGAAGAGAAGAAACUUAUACGUAAGGUUGACUGGCGAAUCUGCUCAUGGGCUUGCAUUAUGUUUUUCUCCCUAUAA